AUGUCUGCUGCGGAGGAUCUCCUGCGCGACUUUGAAGACGAUGAGGACUUCCAGGACCAGGAAGGCGAGGACCUCGCGCAACAAGAAGCCGAGGCGGACGAGCAAGAGCAACAGGAUCUCGCUUCCAAGACGACUAGUGAUUUCGAUCUCUCCAUCGCGACUGCCGACGAACUCACCCGACUCCACAAAAUUCUUCGCGACCACUACUCGGUCCGAUUCCCCGAACUAGAAACCCUUGUCACAAACUCGAUCAAAUACGCCAAAACCGUCGCUAUCCUCCAAAAUGGCCCUUUCGACGAUAUCAAAUCCCUCUCCAACUCGACCGACAACAUGGUUGGCGAGUCUCUCAAAACUGUGCUUGACGGUCCGUCUCUCAUGACAGUAGCCCUAGAGGGAACGACCACUCGCGGCCGCCAACUGACCGAUGGCGAGUUGAAAACCGUUCUGGAAACCUGUGAAAAAAUCAUCCAGCUCGACCGCGAGCGUACUGCACUCACGGAAAACAUUCGAUCUCGCGUCAAUUCGAUUGCGCCGAAUCUGGUGGCUUUGAUUGGAUCACAAACUGCUGCGCAGUUCUUAAACCAGUCCGGUGGAUUGAAGGAGCUUGCUAAAAUCCCGGCUUGUAAUCUAGGAGCCCAAGGCGCCAGGCGCCAGGAUGGUCUGGGAUUGGCUACAAACCAUGGCGUUCGUUCACAGGGUUUUCUGUACGACUCGCCUCUCAUCCAGGAGGUCCCGAACGAUCUGAAGAAGCAGGCGAUCCGGAUUGUCUCUGCCAAGAUGGUUCUCGCUGUCCGCUCCGACGUCUCCAACUACGCCAAGGACGGUUCGCUGGGCGAAGACCUCAAGGAGCAAUGCUUCAAGCGAAUCGAGAAACUGACUGAGCCUCCGCCGAACUCCGGUGUCAAGGCUCUCCCCGCACCGGAUGAUAAGCCAUCCCGCAAGCGCGGUGGUCGACGAGCCCGUAAGGCCAAGGAGGCCGUCGCCAUGACUGAGCUUCGCAAAGCUCAGAAUCGGGUUGCGUUCGGCCAAGAGGAAGCUGAGGUGGGAUACGGCACAGGAUCAGGCACCGUGGGUCUCGGCAUGCUCGGCCAACAGAACGAUGGCCGUAUUCGGGCAACGCAGAUCGACCAGCGCACCCGGGCCAAACUCAGCAAGAACAACAAGGGCUGGGGUGGUGCGACCCCGACCACUAACGGCGCAGCCUCAUCCCUGCGUACGUUUGGCCAAGGUGCCAGCGGAACCGCCAGCUUGCUGCAGGCUCGGGGUCUUCGCACCUCUGGCGUGGGCUCGACGUCCGCGACUGCUGGUACGGCCAGUACUAUUGCCUUCACGCCUGUACAGGGCUUGGAGCUGGUGGACCCGAAGAUCCAGGCUGAGUUGAACCGCAAGCGCAAGGCCGAGGAGGAUCGCUGGUUCAAAUCUGGCACAUUUACCCAGGUUGGCGGCGGUCAAAGUAGCACGAACCCGCAGAAGGACAGCGAUGGCUUCAUGAAGCCGGCGAUCCCGCCCCGCAAGAAGGUCGAUACCGGCGAGGGCAAGAUGGGCCCGCCGCCCAAGCCGUAG